AUGCAGAGGAGAGUAAGUCGGAGCCGAAGAAGCAGGGGCCCCGGCGUCCCCUCAAGCGCAAGCUGGCGCAGCGCAAGGACCCACAGGAAGGCCUGUCGCGCAUCGGUCGCCGGGACUUGCUUGGCGAGGCCAUCCGGAGCAUGGAGAACCGCCUGGCUCGUCAAGGGCUCCUGGCCGCUCCAGAGACGAUCCUGUCAUCGAGGGAUGCUGGGAAGAAGUCCUUGGAUGAGCGCCUGGGCGUUCUAUGAUGUUACCGACAACUUCAUCGACGACGCGGAGCUCGCGGCCGUGAAUGCGUACGACACGCAGCAGCAGAAGCAGAAGACAGGAGGAAGCCGGAAGGCGGCCAGCCGGGGCGAGUUGGACUCGGUGAGGCCGGUUGUUGCAACCACGGAGGAGGACCAGGCCUUUCUCGCGGGCUUCCGUCUAACUGGCGCUGAGGUUUCCGGGACAUCUGACGAGUCAGACUGGGAGAGCGUCGAGCAGUCGUACACCAAUGUGCGGAGCAACCCCUGGAACCGGGAGUCACGCGGCUGGCAGUCACAGCUGUCAGAGCUCAAGGAGGAGCUUAUGCUCGUGGAUGCUAAGCCCUCCCUGGCGUCGCCCAAAGCAGGUGACCUUGGCGAGCUGCCGCUGACUGAGGAGGAGUGCCUGAGCCGUAUCAAAGCCGUGCUGACGGAGUUCUGUGAAGCCGCCGAUGCGGGAGACCAGAGUUCUGGGCGUCCAGCCCUCUGCUCGCAGCCGCAGCUGGAGUCAGCGCUGGCAGACGUUUGCCGGAGGUUACCCCCACUUCUGCGAAUGCCGUUGAAGCCUGAAGAUCAGGUCAAGGACGACUUUGGCACUGGAACCGGGGGCUUCAACCGGAGGUUUAAGCGCUUCACGCUCAAGAACCUCGAGCCCAAGCUGGUGCAGCCCCGGAAGUCCGGAGUCCUGGAGUUGACGGGCGCAGAGGACCAGGUGGAUCCGUUCGCUUGGUCGCCCGCCGAGGAGUUUGCAUGGUGCUGUUUCUGCUGGCGGCUCCUGACAGCCAUGUCCCCUGGGCUACGGAGAGCCCCAUACACCAGGCAGUGGCUGAAAGCCGCGCGCGAACCUCAACAGGAGGCGGUCAAGCUGGUUCAACAAGAGCUGGCGGUGCGCGUGCAGAAAGCCAUCAGCGCUCAAGAAAGCGGCGAGAGCACGGGGAAAGCGAAGGACCCGUCAGGUUGGGUGGCCACGGCGCUGAAGAGAGGCGCUUUGGCGUGGCCCGCGAUGGCGCUGCAAGCUCUCUGGCUGCGCAAGAUGCUGUGGCAGGCCCAGCGCCAAAGCAAAAGGGUUCACCCCAUCUUCCCAGACACCGACUCGGACUUCUCCUCCAGGAAGACGGAGGUGGUCAAAGCCCAGCACAAGGCCCUCACCGUGUUCAUCAUCAACCAGUUCGAUCAGCUGGGGAGCCUCAAGGUGGACAAGGACGCCUUGGGCAGAGCCAUGGGCUACCGCAGCACGCAGGCGCAGGGGAAGCCGAGCAAGAAGGAGGAGAAGGAGGCCUCGAGCAAGGCUGCGGCCCAGCGAACCAAACCGAGUAGCAAGACCUCCUCGUCAAGCUUUGAAGUUGGGCACUGGGUGGAGAUCCUUCGCCAGGGUGAGCGCGCCGGCGGUGGCAGGAACGCCGUCAUCGAGGAGAUGCCAGCGAUAAGGGGCGGGGAGGUGCAGCUGCGGACUCCUGGUGGCGCGCUCGAGGCGCACCCGCUCAAGCGCCUGAAGUCCGCGCACCUCUGGAGAAAAGGCCAGCACGUCCAGGCAAAGAUUGAAGGCAAGUGGGAGAUGGGAAACAUCCUGACCGACAUGAUACUGCCCAAGGAGGCGCGCGUGACCUCGACGCACCCCGUCAUGGUAUGCCUUUGCUCCCAGAAAGCGAAGGUGGCCACAGUGGACUUUCAACACGUUCGGCCCCCAGGCCGGUCCGAGUCCAGCGGCCAAGCCGGCGCGGGCGAGCGCCCCUCCAGCAGUCGCAGUGUCAUAGAGGUCAAGUGA